AUGCCAAAGUCACAACAGAACGUUCACAGUCAGAGAGGCUGUUGCUCCUCAGUGAGUUUGAAGCCCGUCUCUCCAGCGACGUUCGAUUGGGUUCAGGUCCAGGCUCUGGCAGGGCCACUCAAGGACUUUCAGAGACUUGUCCCGAAGCCACUCUUGUGUUGUCUUGUCUGUGUGCUUAGGGUCGUUGUCCUGUUGCAUGGUGAACCUUCUCCCAAGUCUGAGGUCCUGAGCCGGUACCGGUACCCCCUGUAUAUAGCCUCCACAUUGACUCUGUACCGGUACCCCCCGUAUAUAGCCUCCACAUUGACUCUGUACCGGUACCCCCUGUAUAUUGACUCAGUACCGGUACCCCCUGUAUAUAUCCUCCACAUUGACUCUGUACCGGUACCCCCUGUAUAUAGCCUCCACAUUGACUCAGUACCGGUACCCCCUGUAUAUAGCCUCCACAUUGACUCUAUACCAGUACCCCCUGUAUAUAGCCUCCACAUUGACUCUAUACCAGUACCCCCUGUAUAUAGCCUCCACAUUGACUCUGUACCGGUACCCCCUGUAUAUAGCCUCCACAUUGACUUUGUACCGGUACCCCCUGUAUAUAGCCUCCACAUUGACUCUAUACCAGUACCCCCUGUAUAUAGCAUCCACAUUGACUCUAUACCAGUACCCCCUGUAUAUAGCCUCCACAUUGACUCAGUACCGGUACCCCCUGUAUAUAGUCUCCACAUUGACUCUGUACCGGUACCCCCUGUAUAUAGCCUCCACAUUGACUCUGUACCGGUACCCCCUGUAUAUAGUCUCCACAUUGACUCUGUACCGGUACCCCCUGUAUAUAGCCUCCACAUUGACUCUGUACCGGUACCCCCUGUAUAUAGCCUCCACAUUGACUCAGUACCGGUACCCCCUGUAUAUAGCCUCCACAUUGACUCUGUAUUUUUUACUUAACACUUAUUUUUCUUAACUUCUAAAAGCAUUGUUGGUUAGGGGCUUGUAAGUAAGCAUUUCACUGUAAGGUCUACACGUGUUGUAUUCAGCAUUUCACUGUAAGGUCUACACGUGUUGUAUUCAGCAUUUCACUGUAAGGUCUACUACACGUGUUGUAUCCGAUGCAUGCCAUUUGAUGGUCAUCUUUGAACUCUAUUCCAUGACCUUUGUUGUGUCUUGUUUUUAUUUAUUCAUUAUUAUAAUUCAAUAAUUUUUAAAAAUCAUUUGUUCUGUAAAGUCUGUUGAGAUAUGGUGAAAUACACUUGACAUAAAAAGUAGUGGCCACCAGGCUAAUGCCCUGCGUGUCUGGUCGGUAACCGGCCUUGCUGCUAUGUCAGGGGUCCCUAAACUUUUUCUGCAAAUGACCCCAAAUUGACACUAGAAAAUGCAGGGGACCCUAUUUGAAAAAAUGUGAACCCCUUGGUAAUGAAGGUAGCUUAGAGGUUAAGAGCGUUGGGCCAGUAACCGAAUCCCCUAGCAGGAUCAGGGGAGGGGAAUAAAACAUGGCACAAACAUACAUUUUAAAUCAAAACCCAGACACUACUACCAGCAUGGAAACCUAAUGUUAAAGCAUGCAUAACAAAUAAACUAACAUAAAUUAGUUGAAAUCAAAUAAAAUCAUUUAAAAACAUUGGUACUUUGGAAAAAACCUAAGCCAACAUAUUUGUGGGUUACAUCUUUUGUCCAAUGGAAAAUAAUUGCAAAAAAGGCAGAUAACCUACGUAGCAAAUUAAGCUUAAGUAUCAUUUGAGGGCUCACUAAUGCAAUAAAGUGAGCAGAAAGUCAACAAAAUUGUUGAACUCUUUUUAUUUAUUUAAAUAUUUUUUAUAUAUAUUGACGUAGCCAGGGAGUGAAGCAGUGACAGGACUAUGAUACAGCUCACUUCACUACCAGAGAUUACCCGGUAACACAUCUGCCAAGGUACAUUUGAGCAAGGCACUUCACCCUAAUUGUUCCUGUAAAUCGCUCUGGAUAAGAGUGUCUGCAAAAUGACUAAAAUGUCAAUGUCAACGCUGCUUGUUCAUAUUAUAAUUCACUCAAUUGUAGGUGCAGCAGCCUGUACCAGCACACACAAUGACGUGAACGUGCAUUCUAAUAGUGUAAAAAGCCCUUACUUGAAACUAAAAUGUUGUAUUCUAUACCCAUUUGGAGAGAAACUUCGAUUUGUUUGAUAAAAGAAAUAUAAAUAUCAACUUCUGUCCAUAGCUGUACUCCUUUCUAGCCAAGACCAAAUUGCAUGGCGAAAGAAUAAGGAAUAUGAGAUCACUUCCGCCUGUACUUCCUGGAGCCACAACCCUCAGACGUCGACUUCAAAACGCUUCCGUAAAAUAUUCCACUCCGGUGCGUACUGCUACGUUUUGAGUGUACUAGCUAGUAUACGACGUUUUUGGAAAUAUUUUUCAACAUUUAUCUAAAUAGAAUGAAGGCCAAGGGAUUUGCAGUUACCCAUCACCUGUAAAGGUAAAGCGUUAGUUAGCAGGUUACGGACAACUAACCUAGUUCUUUUACUCGCCACUUCGAUAAGAGUUACGACCCGAAAUUAUUUUAAUAGCAAGUUAGGACGGCAGUUUUGCCAUCCCUAAUUAUUUUUCAUAACCUUAACCAAAUUGUCCGAACCUGCUACAUUGUUUCUCAUUACCCGUUGCGUAAUACUUUGUACUAAUCUGCUACGAAAAAGUAACUUCCGGUCGUAACUAUCGAAGUGGCGCGAAGAGUGUUUCUCAUGGUUAGAUAGCUACAUCUCCAAAUACGAUGUAGGCAUUUGGCUAGGUAAUUUAUAUAGUGGAAAUUACAUUAUCUGUCUAGUUCAUGUGGAGAGGAAUGUCAUCGGGGUGUUUUUGAUUACUUUGUCUUUGUAGAGACAUUGGUGCAGAAUGGAUGUUGACGUUAAACUAGAGGAAGAUGAGAGGGAGAUAUCCCAUACAGUAAUUUGGUCUGAUUCGAUUAAUGCCUGGAUAGAUUACCCAAAUUCAACAUUGUCAGAAAACACAGAAACAGGUUACCAUGUGGGUUUACUGAAAGAGCAUUCACAUGUACCUCCCAUCAGUCCCCAAACAACAAGCCACGGGCAGAUUUUACGUCUUUUUCCUGAAAUGACCGGAGCGAGUGAUGGGGAGAACAGGGCUGUCAAAGUGGUUUAUUUCUGUAAAGAUCAAGAUACCAUCGGCACAUCUGAAGGGAAUUCAAUCAAAGAGCAGUCAUGGCAUUUAGCACCGUCCAGUGAUAUUCUGACAGGACAUGCAUCCACUUUCAGUGGUUAUUUUGAAGCUCAAAUCAACCCAACUUCACAGGUUUCUAGCCAAACACAGACCAAUAAUAAAUUGCCCUCUGACAAUGUUAAUAUCCCAAGCCCUAGUACUGCCAUUCAUUCUGUGCUAACCUCACCUGCUACAGAAAACGACUGUCAUUUAGCUGUAUCUACUAGGCCUAUUCUUCCAGAAUAUUGUGAGCCAUUGAACUUUCCCUCUGAUGAAGAGGAAGACUACAAUGCCAAUUUAAGUCCAAGACUACAAUGCCAGAAAACGUUAGAGGAUAAAUGGAUACGUCAGUGUCGUGGCAGUUACUCAAGACCCAACCUAAGAAAGUUUGGGAGAUAUUGGAAAGAUCCAUACGUCAAGUGCAAGGAGAUCGGUGUAGAUUUCAAUGUUGGAUCUGGAGCGAAACAGAAACUUAAUUUGCAUUUACUGACAGUUGGUGUAAUGCUUGAGGUGUCAGAAUAUGCUAGAAACAUUAAUAGAUCUCGCCCUCAUGUUAUCUUUGAUAUUCUAGAUUACAACUUUGUUCUUGGUGUACAACAUGAACAACAAUAUGACUUUUCAAACAGGGUAGAAAAUAAAUUAAAAGAAAUGCUGAAGAUGCGUUCUAAGAGAACACCUGAGUGGUUAACAGAGGUCUUUGACCUUCCUGAUCCAAAGACAGUUACAGUUUUGGUAUACUCCCUUAAAUGGGCACAGUUCUAUUUGCAAAACAGCUUGUCAAAUCCUACACCUUUUGACAUUUGCAUAAAGGAGGAGCCUGUUGUGGGCCUGAUCUCUCCUCUGCAUGUGGCGACUGAGAGCUUCUCCACUGAGACAGAUGUGACACGGUGUGCUGAUGAGACGGCAAUCCUUGGCCCUGAAAAUGGACAUAAUGAUACCUGCACAAAGUAUGAGGCUUAUAUGGGCAUCGUCCGUCCUCAACAUGUCCAGACGGAAACCUUCCCAACUCAGACAGAUAUAACAAUGGAUCAAUCCUUCAUGAUUCCCACUGUAGAAGAAGCAUUGAGUGAACUCUAUCCAAUCUGUAAGGGAAAAGGACUUGACCUUGUUGUGAAAUCAAAAUAUGGGAAAAAUAAGAAACUUGACUUGCAUCUAUUGACCAGAGAUGUAAUGUUUGAAUUGGCUGAUUUUUCCUCACUAGUGUGUGGAAAUUGGAAGCAGGUUGUGUGUGAGUUUCUCGAGCAUAAUUUUGAUUUGGAUUUAAAAAGUGGGAAAACUGAGCUGGCCGAAGAUAUUAUGGGAAGGUUAAAAGCAGUUUUACAGCGCAAGACAGGUACAAACGGUACAUGGAGAUUGGGACUUGAAAAUGAAGCUUUCUUAAAGAAGUCACGCAAACGAAAGAACCCUGCGGAGAUGUCCACUAACCAGAAGGUCACUACAGCAUCACUUGAGCCGAAAUACCAAAUGAAAGAAGUAUCAAAAAGGAGGAGAUUGAAUUUAAUGAGGAAGAAGAAAGACAUGGACAUGUUAGUAACCAAGGAGACCGAGGGAGGCCAUUUCUCUGAAGUAGUACCAAUAGAACCUCGUCUUGUCAAAAUAGAGAGAAUCUCUGAUGAGACUGACCUUGCACUUUGUACUGACGAAACAAAGCAAAUUGUCGUUACCAACUUGGACCAAUCAAAUGUGACGUCUCACACCAAAAAUAUGGUGAAAGCCAAAGCGUGCUACCCACUCUGUGAGGAAAUAGGUCUGGACCUUGAUGUCACAUCCAAACCAUCUAAAAAGAAACUGGAAUUGAAUUUACUGACAAACGGUGUAAUAUUUGAGGUGCAUAAAUAUGCAGGGAUGAAAUCCCAUCAUAAAAUACAAUUUUGAUAUUCUAAAAUACAAUUUUGAUUUUAGUUUGCAAAAUCAGAGACGUAAUCUAUUUCCACUGCAUAUUUGCUGUAAAGUGAAACGAAUGGUUCAGAAACACAAAUCUGAGCUCGUGAGAAAAAGAGAAAUCUCAAAAGAGGUGUUCAUAAUACCGAGUGUGCUUAAAAGCCAAGCAAAAACAAAUGUGCUUUCAGAUUAUUUUCCUGAAAAAAAUAUGGAACAAAACGCAAGGCUGGUUUAUCCUCAUCAUGGUAAAGACACUAUCUCUGUGGAGACAGCUGAAACAGUCUCCACUGAUGAAGCAGCGAUGCUUGACCGGGAUAAUGGACCUGCUGAGAUCUGCAUAAAGGAGGAGGAGGAGUCAGAUCUUCACUCUGAGGUCAAACUGGUUUAUUUCUGCAAAGACCAAGAUACCGUCAGAACAUCUGAAGAGCAUUUGAUCAAAGCUGGAUCAUGGCAUGAAUCAACACCCAGUAAUAUUCUGACUGGAAAUGUAUUCAGCCUUCCACAGUCACCACUACCAGCUGCAGAAAGUGGUCCUUUCGGAAGUAAAACCGAGCCAACUUCACAGAUAUAACCAGACGGUCCAAUGCAGAAUCACUCGAGACAAAAUACCAUAGACUUGACAGAAGUAACCAGGGGAAAAAAGGGAUUUAAUGAGGAUAAAUACAUGUUUAUAGCGAAGAAGGAAAAGAAAGUUGUCAGACAAGUAGAACCUCAUUGAGAUGAGAUGGAUCUGCCAGGGGGAAAAAAAGCACUUCCUUUACUUCCUGACUCUCAGGGGGGGGGGGAUACAAGAUGGAAGGAAAAGUCUGAUCUACUCGCUGUGAAACGCCAGUUUCUCAUUUGCCUGAAAAAAAAAUGAGAAAAAGAUUGAUAUUGUUAUAUGUGAUGAAGUGCAACACGAGGUGGAUUCUUACCGAACUUUCAAAAUGCUUUGUAGUCGAGACUGGUUCUGAGAAGAAAUGCUAAAUCCUUGCUGGAUACAGAUCAGGGGGCUAUUGAAAAUCUGCAAAAGUCAAAUUCCCUCAGUUCAAGAAGACGACUCGUACCUGGGAAUGGCUCUGGACUAAUUACAAAAAAUCACUGCAGAAAGCAGAGACAACAAGAGUUUUGCCAAAAGGAAGAAGGGCUGUUGAUCACUUGUGUGGUAGAGAGAAACACCCAGAAUCAGUCUGGAAAGGAUGGAGUUUCAGUCUGGACAGGAUGGAGUUUUAGUCUGGACAGGAUGGAGUUUUAGUCUGGACAGGAUGGAGCUUCAGUCUGGACAGGAUGGAGUUUCAGUCUGGACAGGAUGGAGUUUUAGUCUGGACAGGAUGGAGUUUUAGUCUGGACAGGAUGGAGUUUUAGUCUGGACAGGAUGUAGUUUUAGUCUGGACAGGAUGGAGUUUUAGUCUGGAAAGGAUGGAGCUUCAGUCUGGCUGGACAGGAUGGAGUUUUAGUCUGGACAGGAUGGAGCUUCAGUCUGGACAGGAUGGAGCUUCAGUCUGGACAGGAUGGAGCCUAACUGUGGAAAAACAGAAACUGACUGAUACAUACAUUACAAUGACAAAUCAAUGACCAGAUUGGCAACCAGCUCCAGCUACUCAGCAUCACUCUGACUAUUUGUGCUGGUUGUUUUCUGUCUCAGCUGAAGGGAGGACAUUGUGUUUUAAAGUAUUUUCUUUCUGUCCUGAAGUAGGUCUACCUGCUUAAUACACACAUACUUUCAUAUAGGUAAAGCAAAGGCACGCUAUGACUUAUCUCUACCUUCAUAUAUUGGGCUGCCUUUAUCACAAUAGUUUCACAGUUUAAAAACGUGUGUUUUCAAAUGACUGUAUGCUACAUUGAUCUUUGGAUCACACUUGGAAUGCGAAAGGUUCCGAAUGUUAGUUUUAGGUCUCCCUGAAGUCCGUAGACUUCCACUCUAUUAGUCACCCUAGAACACAGUCAACGAGCCUAACGGAGAGGUGUAUUCAUCAGGGAUAUACUGUAGCUAAAUGUUUAAUGGAGGGCUACGCGAGCGUUUCUUGGACCAUUUCAGAAAUUGGUACACAAGAAGGAGGAGCACUAGUCUUUUUAGGAUUAAGUGAAAAUAGGGAGACAAUAUAUUUGUAUUAAGGGUUUAGUCUUUGAAUCGUGGAUUUGUGCAGAUUCCCUUGGCCUUCCUUCCUGUUUAACCUUUGAUGUCUGGUCUUGCUGUAGAGACUGAAUACAGCAGGAUUAUUGCUAGACUUUUUUUGUUUUCUUAACUAUUUUACGACGUAUUCAUUGACGAAACGAACUCCACUACAAAUACAAGCCUCUAUAGAAGAACCUCUGAUCCUUUUUUUUGUUAGAAAUAAAAAGACAAAGAUGUUUUAUUUUCUAAGAGUAUGUAGUAGUAGCAUUAGUGAAAUAACCUACUAUGAUGGAUCAAAUUAUUAUUAUUUUUAUCAGUGGGCUAUUUUUUUUUUUCCUUUUUUGUGGAAAGAUUUAGAGACUGUAUCCAGACCUGCCUUACUGUUACCAAUAUGUUCCUUUUUUGAACAGGGAGUUAUUCUACCGUAAACUAAGAUUCUUUUUACGUAUUUUUUAUUUUUUUAAGGAUACUUCCACUGACAUUCUUAGAGCUGUCAUUUUAUUGUGAGGAACUGCAGUUCGAUCGGAAUAGUUUUUCUGUUUUCGUCCUCUGUUUUGUGAGUGACCCUCUCACUCAGUCAACUCGUCUCAGGGCACAAGUCUCCUCUUCUCCAGACACCGCGUGUGAAUCAGACUCCGUAGCUAGUUGUGACACGUGAGCCUCUGGAUGAAAAGCAGAGUAUCCCUAAAGCAGCGUGGUCCUAUCAGCCCUUCAUGUUGGACUAAACACUUUCAACUCUACACAAGUGAAAACCCCAAAUCCCUAAAGAUCCUCUAUUUGCCAUACUAGAGGGACAUGAAGUCUGACUCCAUCCUCAACAUGUGGACCUGCCCUGAGGAUGUUGGACACCACUGUUACACCUUCAGCCUUCGUUGAUUUCCUGUCAGACUGGUUGUUUUUCAACUCCAUUCCACGGACGGACUGUCCUGAACUUUUACCAGAACAGGAACACAAUGUUCAUCAGACUCUCUCCUCACCAGUGGACUGACUACUCAGACUGGUCGUCUUUGAACUCAACAGGAACACAAUGUUCAUCAGACUACUCAAACUGGUGGUCUUUGAACUCAAGAGGAAUACAAUGUUCAACAGACUCCCUCCUCACCAGUGGGACUGACUACUGAGACUGGUUGUGAGGUCACAGGAAAUAGAGUCACGUUCACGUUUUGGAAAUUCAAUGGUCAUUAAAAAAUAAAAUCUGCAUUUACACUGUU